GCAAUAUGGCCUAAGGAUGGCCUGGGCCUCCAGCUCCUCAUGGAGCGUAGGGAGACUCUGGAGGACCUAAUAAAGGGAACCGAGGUUGAAGUAGAACAGAAAUGGGCCAUCUUUGCCCUACCGAACGCGCCACAUCAGUAUACCAGCUAUGACGGGUCCCAAGUGCCCAUAAGUGAACAAAUGGCCCUGGAUGAACUCAAGCUCCAGUCAGGCCUUACCCCUCUGAAGUUCUACCGCUCAAAUAAGAACCCACUAUCCACCACCUUCAUCAUGGCAGUACCAGAGACCCAAGCUCAAGCAGUUCACAGAUGGAUUCCCCUUUUUGACAGAAACAUACAAGUCAAGCAUAAACCCACCUGAGCCCGCAUAGAGCAAUGCACACAGUGCUGGGACUAUCAUAACCCCCGGAACUGCAGCCGCGCACCCAGAUGCCGCGUCUGCAGCAAAAGAGAUCACACUGAGGAGAUGCAUUCCUCCUCUGAUGAUGAGGAAGCAUCAGACCCAUGUUGCACCAACUGCUGUGGCCCUUUCCCAGUAGACCACCCCAAUUGUCCCACCCGGCCUACCAUACAACAGGGAGUCAUCCAGCAGCUAACCAAGUCACAAUUCACUGCAGUCAGGAAAGCAGGCGCACGCCAGCACAUGCUAAAAGACCAGACUGGUACAAAUGAGCCCUCUGGUAACCUGAGCUCCCCACCUACAGGAGAACAGUCUCUAUCAUGUUAGAUAGGCUAUCUCACUUACAAAUCC